AUGGCUUCCGAAUAUCACGAAAAAAUGAAGGGAUUGGAUUUCGAAGAAAUGGAAAAUAACAUAGAGCAAAGAACACUUGGCGACCCCAUGUCUGAUAAAUAUGAAGAUUUUUUCGAAGCGCCAUCAUUUAUUCAAUCCAAAUUUUUGCUUGAAGAAAUAAUAAAAAGGUAUCCAGACCUCGAGAAUAAAAAUCGGACAUACCAAAUUGGUAUAUGUAUUGAGGUGUGCAAAUCCCUUAAACUUUGGGAAAACACGGUUUGUGAAUUGUUCAACAUUAACAAACAUACUCUUUCGAAAGAAAAGAUGAAAUUUCCCGCGAUUGUGUACAAAAUGGUACUUGAGCCGGGAAGGCCAAGUGAAAUUAGAAGCAACCGCGAAUCAAUUGUAAAAUAUAUUUUUGAUCACAGGAAAGUCGGUUUAGCAGUAACAAGUCUUAAUGUAUUCCAAUUUUGCACCAAUGAAUUUCAAAUGAUGGUGUCAAAAUCAAAUCUCCAUAGAUACAUAAUGGGAUUGAAACUGUUUGAAUACGUUUUAGGAAUACCCGACGAAAAUUUCAGAGUGAAAGUGGAAGAAAAAGAUAUUAAAGAAUUUUACAAUGUUACUCUACAAAGAAUAGUUGGUCUUCAUCCAGCACUUGUUUUAAAUGAAGAUGAGAUGGAAACACAACCAUUCGCAAACAGAAAAGCCGUGAAAGUGUACGUCAACAAGGGAGAACAAAGAAUGCACAGAACACUUAAAAUUGGACUAAGCAGAGCAGGGAGAAGAACAACACUGAUAGGAUGCAUAGCGUUGAGUGGUGAUGUGUUGACUCCAGGAACUGUUGUGCCAAACAAAACAGUGAAUCUUGCAUUAUAUGACAACGGAUAUGACGACUCUUCGAUAAAAAUAUACAACACGAAGAAUGGCUUUAUAAGCACUGACAUAUUUUUGGCGUGGUUUCGAGAUGUCGUUCUAACUUACAUAAUCAAAAAAACGCAAUGA